CUGGGAAUGCUGUCAGAGGGCGCUCACAACGAUCUGUUAUGACAAAAAGGAUGACUUGAUUUGACUAGUGUUAGUGUUGCGAAUAUCCCUUCUCGAGAUGUCACCGACGAUGGCGGCUCUGCUGUACCUGUAUAUCCUGGUCGUGUACACACGUCUCAUAGCAGGCGCAACAACAACCACUACAACCACACAGAGAGGUUAUCUGAAAAAAGUUGCAGCAGCCGCUACAACCAAUACGACUACAACACAACCUAAAGAAGCAGAUGACAAGAAGACCGUUGAUAAUUGUGACAACGCACGGCGACCUGAUUCCGAAAAUCUAGGGAUGGUUUUCGAAAAAGCAGCCAACGACACAACACUGUUAGCAAGCAACCCAGAUGUCAAGGAGCUCUAUUCGGCAACUUCCGGGAGCUGCGCCGAGCUGUGUGCAUCACGUCAGACCUGCGUGCUGUACAGCAUCAGCAACACGGGCACCUGCAGGAUCACCUCCGCAUGUCGGCCUCAAGUGGAGAGUGAGACUGACUCGGUAGUUAUGUUCCUGAAGUAUUGGGGAUGAUCCUUGGUCGCCAUGAUAUAGCUGGAACACUAUUCAUCACAGGUCAUUGACCUACUUACAUAUUUGAGAUAAUCCUUGGUCGCCAUGAUAGAACUAGAACACUAUUCAUCACAGGUCAUUGACCUACUUAUAUAUUUGUUGUGAUGUUUGGUCGCCGUGAUAGAACUAGAACACUAUUCAUCACAGGUCAUUGACCUACUUAUGUAUUUGUUGUGAUGUUUGGUCGCCAUGAUAGAGCUGAAACACUAUUCUCCAGAAGUCAUUAUAUAGUUGAGAUGAUCCUUGGUCGCCAUGAUACAACUGAAACACUAUUCACCACAAGUCAUUAUAUAUUUGAGAUGACCCUUGGUCGCCAUGAUAAAACUGGAACACUAUCCACCACAGGUCAUUGACCUACUUAUAUGUUUGGGGUGAUGUUUGGUCUGUUUGCAUCGUCACCUUGCUAGUAGGUAGUAUACAUGUAUAUGUGAGAUCCGUGUCACUUGGAUAUUCAUCCCACAUCAAACUGACACACCAUGAAACACCUGUAAAACACCUGCACAAGCUACUCAGGUGAAACAAUCUACUUUGGAGGUGAUGACUGCAUUUUUUCGAACUUUAUGAUUUCUCUCACAGGUAAAUUCUAUCCAGAUAAUAUAAUGGACAGUUAAUUUAGGUUACAUCUCGUCACCAGCUAUGAACAAAUGAAAACACUCUGGCUCACUGGCUUCGAAUGUUCAGUUCAGUUUCAAAAUGUUUUAUUCUCAAGUAAAGGUUUGGGUACUAGUUAUCACAACGAAGAACGCCUUAUCCUAUGUAUUUAGAUGUUUGCUUUUCUAAACUUUAUGCAUAAAAUGAAUAUUACGCACCAAAACAUUUGUGAUUUUAUGUACGCACAUUCAUUUCUGAAAGGUUUUCAAUCCAAUUCCACGUGAACAGAAUGUCUGCUGAAGCAGAAGCUAUUGAUUAUGUGACACUUCUGUAGACAACGACCCAGCCGAUUGAGAGCCACGUCAUACUCACUGUUUAGCAAUGCCUGCGCGAUUUUAUUUCAAUGUAUGUGCGAUCACGUGACUCACUCCGUGUGUUUUUGUUCCACACCUUUACGUGCUUUAAGACAAGAUCUUACGUGUAGUUCGUCGAAACCAUGUUAAAACAGUUUACAUACACACAGUAUACAUACAUAAGUAUAUACGUCACGUUUAAACUUGUUUAUGUGAUACUUUUUCAGUUUUACGAUUGAUUUUGAUUCUGAACAUCGUUUCCAUUUUUGCGCUUUUUGUAAAACGUUUUCUUUAGCAAUGAAUAAAGAGUGUCCACUUUA